AUGUCGGUAUCUAUUCUCACCACCCCUACAGAGCUAUUACGCCUCGUAUUUGCAACUUUAUCGCGCAGCGAUCUGUACGCAUUAUGUCUUACGCAUAGGGACUUACGCGCGGUUACUGAGAAAUUCCUCUACGCUCGCGUCGAAUUAACAUGGACAAAAUCUCAAACCCCUCCGAUCGCUCAGUUUUUGCAAAAUAUUGUGCAAAGGCCCGAGCUCGCAAGUUCUGUUUCUGUUCUAAUCCUUAGUGGGUGUAGCUUCGAUGACUACCACUAUAACUACAAGUUAAGUAGUCCGAAACUUCCACUUAGUGAAGUUGCUUUAGACGGGCUCGUGAAUUACAUCGAAAAUACCUCCGUUUCAUUUGCCAGGGAAUGGAUCCAAGAAUUACGCGCCGGAACAAUGGACGCGUUCAUUUCGCUCUUAUUAUCACAGCUCCGAAGUCUAAGAUUUCUCCAGCUCAGCCAAAAUUUCGCACGAGAGAGUCGCCUUAUGGGUAUGAUGCUCCGCUCGGCCCUCUGUGAGAAAAAUGUUUAUCUCAGUCCGUUUUCACAUCUCCAAGAUGUCGAGGCUCUGUUUCCCGGCGUUAGCCUCUUUGUGCGCAAGUACACAGACGCUAGGAAUACUGCAGAUGUCCUCCCUCUCUUCUACCUACCGUUUAUUGAACGUAUAAGGGUCUUGGUUGAUAACCCGCCAACUUUCAUAUGGCCCGGAAAAACCCUACCAAACCCAUCUAAGCUCGUAUCGCUCGAUUUAACAAUGCUACGAGAAGGGCAUCUCGGCCAAGUACUAUCGACCACCCCAAACCUUCGGAAAUUAAAAUGGGAUUGGUACUUCCGGCGAGAUCUUCAAGAUGAAUAUGUUACCGAUAUCAUUGAUUUGGAUCAAAUAGCCGCGGAUCUAUCCCACGUUCGAAAUUCUUCAACAGAUUUGACAAUUACAGCAGGGUCAUCUCUCUCAGAAUCAGCCCCCGAAUACCCUGAGCUCCGAUUUAGGAGGCCGUUCAAAGCUUUUAGCGAACUUCAUAUGCUGCGAACUCUAGAAGUUCCAAUUGCAUUUCUGCUUGGAUUUUCUCCGUCCACGCCUAAUAUGGCUCACCUAGAGGAAUCACUUCCAAGAAACCUCCAGUGGCUGACUGUCACGGACGGACUAUCUUUCCAACAAGAAUGGGAAUGGGAAUGGGAAUGGGAGACCACGUACUUGUUAGAAGCUAUUCGACCAUGGCUACAAGAAUGGAAGACAUUCACUCCUCGUCUCCAAGGGUUUUGUCUGUCAGUAAGUGAAUAG